CCACCCGUUAAUCAUUCGCCAAACAAAAAAAAACCUAGCAACGCAUAAACAAAUGCGAGAAAAAACCCCCUUUAUUGAUUUCCACUAAGUGCGGUCAGCGCAAUAAGUGGUCAAUAGCUCUCACCAGACAAGGAAUAACACCGAGGAUCCCAGGACGCAGAUCGACAUGCCGCAGGAGGAGGCAAAUGCGGGCACAACGGCCCAACUCGAUGACGAAAUCGAGAAUGUGCGUGUGGUGGUGCGAACGCGACCCAUGGACAAAAAUGAGUUGUCCAUGGGAGCGCUAAGUGCGAUUUCGGUGGAUAAGAUCAACCGGGCCAUUACGGUGAUGAAGCCGAAUGCCACCGCCAAUGAGCCGCCAAAGACGUACUACUUUGACAACGUAUUCGAUGGGGGCUCCAAUCAAAUGGAUCUCUAUGUGGACACCGCCCGUCCGAUUGUGGACAAGGUGCUGGAGGGCUAUAAUGGCACCAUCUUGGCCUAUGGGCAAACGGGCACCGGCAAGACGUACACCAUGUCGGGGAAUCCGGAUUCGCCGCAAACAAAGGGUAUCAUUCCGAAUGCAUUUGCGCACAUCUUUGGGCACAUUGCUAAGGCAAAGGAGAACCAGAAGUUCCUGGUGCGCGUCAGCUACAUGGAGAUCUAUAACGAAGAGGUGCGUGACCUGCUGGGCAAGGAUGUGGGCAAGAGUCUGGAGGUGAAGGAGCGACCAGACAUCGGUGUCUUUGUUAAGGAUCUCAGUGGCUAUGUGGUGCACAACGCCGAUGAUCUGGAGAACAUAAUGCGAUUGGGUAACAAGAAUCGUGCCGUGGGUGCCACCAAAAUGAACCAGGAGAGCUCCCGUUCCCAUGCCAUUUUCUCCAUUACUGUGGAGAGAAGUGAGCUGGGUGAAGGUGAUGUGCAGCACGUGAGAAUGGGCAAGCUACAGCUGGUGGAUCUCGCCGGCUCCGAAAGGCAGUCGAAGACCCAGGCCAGUGGACAGAGACUGAAGGAGGCCACCAAGAUCAAUCUUUCGCUUUCGGUGCUGGGAAAUGUGAUCAGUGCUCUGGUGGAUGGAAAGAGCACACACAUACCGUAUAGGAACUCCAAGCUAACUCGACUUCUGCAGGACUCUCUGGGUGGAAACUCCAAGACCGUGAUGUGUGCCACCAUUAGUCCAGCGGAUAGCAACUAUAUGGAAACUAUAUCCACCCUACGCUAUGCUAGUCGUGCUAAGAAUAUCCAGAAUCGCAUGCACAUCAAUGAGGAACCCAAAGAUGCUUUGCUGCGCCACUUUCAGGAGGAGAUUGCCCGACUGCGAAAGCAACUGGAGGAGGGCGACAGCCUGGAGGAGGAGCCACCGAGCUCCGAGGAGGAGGAGGAUACAGCAGAUGACGAGCUUGAGGCUCCACUAGAGAUCGAAAUGGAAUCCUCAACGGUCCAGGCUGUGGAGAAAAAGCCAAAGAAGAAGCGCGAGAAAACCGAUGCCGAAAAAGAGGAACUAGCCAAGCGCAAAAAUGAGCAUCAGAAGGAAAUCGAGCAUGCGAAGACGGAGCAGGAAACACUUCGCAAUAAACUAGUCUCGCUGGAAGGCAAAAUUCUCGUUGGCGGGGAGAAUCUUUUGGAGAAAGCCCAGACGCAAGAGCUGCUGCUAGAGCAAUCAAUAGCGGAACUGGAACAACAUGAGAAAUCCGAGGAGGCGCUCAAGCAAACACUACAGCAAAAGGCCACCGAAAGGAUUGACAUUGAGGAGCGUUAUUCCACGCUUCAAGAUGCCAGCACUGGCAUUACCAAGAAGAUACACCGCGUAAUGCAGAUGCUAAUGGGCGUGAAGUCGGAGCUGGCAGAUCAGCAGCAGGAACACCAGCGCGAAAAGGAGGGCAUCUACGAGAAUAUCCGAAGCCUAUCCAGGGAACUGGCCUUAUGCGAGCUGGUAUUAAAUUCCUACGUGCCCAAGGAGUACCAAUCGAUGAUUAAUCAGUAUACGCAUUGGAACGAGGACAUCGGGGAAUGGCAGCUGAAAUGUGUGGCCUAUACGGGUAACAACAUGAGGAAGCACAUCUCGGCCCACAAGACGAGUGGCAAGGAACCAGAUUUCCUCGAUCUCUCGCAUGUUUAUCUCAGCUACAACACCGAUGGGGUGUCCAAUCCAAUGCGCUCGAAAUCCGCCAGGCCACGAACCUCGGGUGUGCCCAGACCCACAACUGCCAGGCGAUAUUGAAGCGAGUUUUGGAAGGACAAUCGACUGCUGCACGUACUCAGCGGUCUGCGCGUCCAGUUUUGGUUUCUGCUCCUGCUAAUCCUGAUUUUCUACAGCCUCAGAUUCAUUUGCUCAGCGAAUUUCCGUUGUGUUAGACCUUAGUUUUUGUUGAUUUAUUGCUUAGGACAUACUUUUUAGGUUGAACAACGGUGCAAUAUAUAUUUACAACUGUGUUUGUAAUUUUAAUUUUUAACUUAUACUUAUUUUAUAAUAUUUACAACUAAGUAGUAACAAGAUUUUACCCGAAUAGGCACAAAUAUGAUACUAAUGAUGUGCCCUUGGCUUUUAAAUAAAAAUAUUAUACUCACAUA